CGAGAAUUGGGGCUUUACGAGCUUUGGAUGCGUCGCCAUUUCUGCCUGACAUCACGGGUAUAACCCACGCUAUCCGAAAUGCCAAUAAAAUACAAAGACGCGUCGUGGCGCGCGGCCUCAUCAAGUUAUUGUUAAACAAUAUUACAAAUAAUAAUAAGUGUCGGCUCUUUUUUUUGAUUUCUCACACAUAUAUUAUAUAGUAUUCUUGGAAAAAUUUUAUUAGUCGUGAUUUCGGAAAAAGUGCCACUGUAUAUAGGUAUAUAUAUAUAUAUAUAUACACAUAUAAAUAUAUAUAUUUAGUUAAUAUUUCGUUCGCAUCGAGAGAAGUGGCGGAUUUUUAUUCACGCACGCAUUGCUCCGUCCUCGUGUAUGAAGGCAGGUUGAGAGAAAAAAAUAAAAAGGGAAUUUUGGAAAUUUGAUAUUUUUUGCUGUUUGUUGCUUCGCGUUCCCCUAAAUAUCGCGAAUUCUGGCUGAACAGAGAGAGCCCCUUAUUAAGAUCUCGUAUGCCUCGACAGACGGCGAGGUAAAGGGAUUCGUCUAUCGAAGACCGCCACCUAAUCGCUUCGCAAUGAGCGAACAGGAUGUCGAUGAUGUCGCCUUUCUAACAGGAGACAGUAACACAGGGUUGCACAAACGCAGCAUAUACGAACACAAUGGAGUCGCAGUUUGUUCACAAAAGAAAGCACUUUGUAUUGCCACCGUUGUUUUCGGCAUCCUCUUCGCCAUAUCACUCAUCAUUGCAUUCGCGGGACCACAGAAUGACUGCCCUUGUGCUGGAGAAAAGCCAGCGAAUCUGGAAAUCAACGAGGACGAGGAAGGAGGUGAACUGCUUGCAACGAACGGAGAGGUAUUUCCAUGGAAUAACGUAAGAUUACCUUCAUUUGCACAUCCAACUAGAUACAUCAUCACUAUCCAUCCAAACCUUACGACGCUGGAAGUCAAGGGGCAAGUCACGAUUGAGUUUUUCGUGGAUAAAGAGACCAAUUUUAUCGUCUUCCAUAGUAAAAAUUUGACAAUAAAUGAAAAGAUGGUCCAAGAUCGAAAAGGCCACAGAUUAAAAAUUGGAAAAUUGCUGGAGUACCCGAAGCAUCAGCAGGUUUAUUUGGAACUUGAAGAGAGUAAAUUUAGAAAGAAGGCAAAUUAUACAGUUCAUCUUAGAUUUGUCUCGAAAUUGAAAAAUGAACUCGAAGGAUUUUAUUUGAGCAGCUACGUUACUAGCGACGGAGAAAAAAGGUAUUUAGCGACAACACAUUUCGAGCCAACUUAUGCGCGUUCUGCGUUUCCAUGUUUCGAUGAACCACAAUUCAAGGCAAAGUUCAAAGUCUCAAUUUUCAGAGACAGAUUUCACAUAGCUUUGUGUAAUAUGCCAGUUAUGAAUACCGAGGACGCUGGAUUUUACAUGGGAACGGGCCUUCUUCGAGACGAUUUUCAAGAAUCUGUGGAAAUGUCAACGUAUCUGGUGGCUUUUGUCGUUUGCGAUUUCAAAAGAAUCUCCGAAUUGACCAAUAGAAAUGUCUCCGUCAGUGUUUAUGCAGCGGAAGCAAUGCUUCCACAGGCAAAAUAUGCCCUCAACAUUGCAGCGCGUACGAUGGACUAUUUCGAAUCAUUUUUCGGUGUUCACUAUCCACUGCCUAAGCAAGACUUGAUAGCAAUACCAGACUUUGCAGCGGGUGCAAUGGAGAAUUGGGGUCUCAUAACAUAUCGGGAGACAUCAAUUCUUUACGAUCCCGAAGAAACAUCGACAGUGGCACACGAGUGGGUGGCUGUAAUUGUUGCACACGAACUGGCGCAUCAGUGGUUCGGCAAUUUGGUGACAAUGAAAUGGUGGAAUGAUCUCUGGCUAAAUGAGGGCGCCGCCAGCUAUUUGGAGUAUAAAGGUGUUAAUCAUUUGUCACCCGAAUGGAGUAUGAUGGAUCAAUUUAUUUUGGAUAAAAUACAGCCGGCAUUGGAUUUGGAUGGUCUCGCGAGUAGUCACUCGAUAAGCGUCACCGUCAAGGAUCCCACUGAAAUUGAGGCAAUUUUCGAUACAAUAAGUUACAAUAAAGGUGCAUCGAUACUUUAUAUGCUGGAGAACUUUUUGAAUGAGGAGGUUUUGAAGAGUGGACUCAAUGAAUAUUUGAAUAAUUUCGCCUAUGGCAAUGCGGAUACUGGGGACUUUUGGAGUGUCUUCACUAAACAUUCGAAUCACACUUUUGAUGUGAAGACAAUAAUGGAGACAUGGACGCAGCAAACUGGCUUCCCCUUGAUCACUAUUUCCAGGGAGGGAAAUAUUAUCACAGCGAGUCAAAAACGUUUUUUGGUGUCUCCCCGCGAUAAUGACACUGCACUUCUCGAACCAAAAUCGCCAUUUAAUUAUAAAUGGUACGUUCCCCUGAGUUUCUACUCGGAUAAGGAUCCGACAAACAUCACCAACAUCUGGAUGAACAUGACAAAUGUGACCUUUGAGAUCGCGUCAGAAGUGGAAUAUAUAAAAUGCAAUGUGAAUCAGACGGGAUUCUAUCGGGUGACAUAUCCCGAAGAGAUGUGGACAUCGAUAAUAAAAACUUUGUUGGGCGAUCAUACGAAAUUCAGUCCUGCGGAUCGUGCCAAUUUAUUGGAUGAUGUUUUCACAUUGUGCGAGGCUGGCGAAUUGAAUGCAUCGGUACCAUUGGAAUUAUCGUUGUACUUGUUAAAUGAACGCGAUUACGUGCCUUGGGCAACGGCAUUGGGAUAUUUACAUUCGUGGAGGCAAAAAUUGAGUGAAAGUUCCGGUUAUAAAAAGUACAUUGCUUUCUUGAAGAAAUUACUUGGACCGGUGACGAAACAUGUCGGCUGGAAUGACGAGGGAUCACAUUUAACGAAAUUGCUACGAAUUGCUAUUCUACAGUUUGCAGUGGAACUUCAAUUGGAUGAAGUUAUUCAACCAGCGACGAGUUUGUUUGAAAAUUGGAUGUUUAGAGGGACACGAAUCAGUCCAAAUAUUCGGGAUGUUGUUUACGCUGCAGGCAUAAAAUUCGGAGGACAAGCCGAGUGGAAUUAUUGUUGGGAAACUUAUAAGAAGACACAAAUUCCUAGCGAGAAACGAGUCAUGCUUCGAGCACUGGGUUCAUCCAACGAUCCUUGGUUACUUCAAAGAUAUCUCUUGAAGAGUACCGAUCGGGAAAAAGUAAGAACACAAGACGUGGAAACAGUGGUCGCUUCAGUUGCAAAAAAUACUGAGGGAAAAUUUCUCGCCUGGAGACAUUUAAAGGCAUUUUGGCCACAAGUUCACUCAAUCUUUGGAAAUGGCUCUCUGUCGAUAGGAGGAUUAAUUCACAUUGUCACGUCCGAAUUUUUCACUCAAUAUGAUUACAAGGAGGUCUCCGAGUUCUUUAAAAACAAAGAUGUGGGAAGCGGUCAACGAAUGCUGGAACAAAGUUUGGAAAAAAUCAGAUUUAACAUUCAUUGGGUGAAGAAUAAUGCGGAAAUGAUUGAUGAGUGGCUUACGAAUUAUUUGAAAUCAAAGAAGAGUUAAAAUUCGGAUUUCAAAAAUGAAGGAGAAGAAGAAGAGGAAAUAAAAACCACAAGUGAAUUCUGACGAAUUCCAAAAAAACGACUUAAAAACUGAUAAAUUCAGUUGGAAGCCUCAGCAUCGUUUCUUCGACGUCACAGAAGGAUAUUCAGCUCUCAGGAAGAAAGAAAAAAAAACUACAAGUUGACCGUUCCAGCAGAAAAAAAAACAAAAAAAAAGGUUUGAAAUCUACAUAAAAAUACUUAAUAUUUUGAAAAUAAGUUCCCGAAAGUCACGAAAUACGGUAAAACAAAGAGAAAAGAAAAACAAAAACAAAUUCCUUCCAAAGAAAAUCGUUAAUUUACGGAAUUUGCGCUAUUUUCAAAUGACAAUUGAAUAUUGAGAGAGGGAGAGAAAGAGAAUGUGUGUGAAAGGAAUUUUUCUAAUUGAAAACAAAUGAGGGUUGUGAGAAAAAAAAACUAACUGGCAGAAAAAGGUUUUGUUAAUGUAAAUUUUUAUUCAUUUCGAUAUUCGAAAAUUUAAAUAUUGGAAAUUAUUCAAUUUUAUUUCUUAUUAGUUUACGCAGGAUUAUUCGAUUGUGAUAAUUACGAAGUUAAAGAAAAUAAAAAAGAAGAUCCAAGACAAAUAAUAAUGAUGAGAUAAGAUAGCGGGGAAAUCGUAAAAGUAAAAUGUAAGAUUAAGAAGUAAGGAAAGUAGGAUAAAAAUAGACUAGAUUAGAGACUGAUAAAAUAAGGUUGAUGAUUUUUAUAUAAGAAGAAAAAAUUUUGCGUGAUUUCCAAUCAGAAUAUCAGAGACGUGUUUAUUAUAUGCUUCCGUCUGAUUUAAAUUCUCUUAGAUUACUUAAAUAUUUCUUACUACUUUUUAAUGUAGUAUAAGAAAUUUAUUUAUUACUAUUAUUAUUUAUUAUUAUUACUAGAAUAACUAUACA